AUGCGAGUUCAAUUGCUUCAGGUCGCCUUGUUAUUUACGGCCGCCUAUGGCCAGAUCGGCUCUCAGAUCACAACAGAUGAUAUGAGUUUCGAUGGCGCAGCUGCCGUGAGUCUGCUUUGGGGUCUAGACAGUGAGCCAGCUUCAACUUAUGAUUUUUAUCUCUGUGCCGGUGACGAGACGACAGGUUCAUAUGACACUCUAUCACAGGUCAUUAACAAUGGUGCCUAUUCUUCUGGUGACAUGGUCUCAUUUCAAGUCGACCAAAGUGUCGGUGGAAACGGACCCAAUGCAUACUUCCUUAAGAUUGUUCUAUCAGGUCCUCAUAAUCACCGGUCCGGGUUCACUUCCCAUUUCACUUUGACAAACAUGAAAGGUACCUUCUCGGCCAAAGUAACAGAUGCGAUCAAGACAAUGCAACCGAUUGCUGCCAUCGCUCUUCCCUGGCCUACGGUUGGAGACGACGGCCACCUCAUCGAGGCCGCAGAGAUCACCUCAACUUUCAGCACCUCGAGUCUCACCAAGAGUUCCUCAACCAAAAAGGUUUUACAAUUCCCAACCCCAACCGUCAAAGGCGAAGCCGAGCGCAAUGAAUUGCGUAAAAGACAGGUGGCUGCUAUCGGAGAUGUUGCUGCGGUUAACCAGCAUACUGUCCCAUACGGCGAGCAGACUGGCUCAAUCAAAUAUGCCCCAAUGCCCAAGAGCGCUGGGACUACUAUCGCAACUAGAUCGGCCACUCCUCAAUAUCCGCCUUUCCCGUUCUCCAUUGCCACUGCCUACCUCGGUGCGCCAACUGUCCAGUACACGGAUACAGCUUUUGCAACAUGGACAGCGAACAGCAUCGAGAAUACAGCUGCCCCCGCUCCUGCGCCCACAUUGGACAAGAGAAUGCAAAACUGGUUGGAUCGUUGGAAUGAUUGA